AAAUUUAUCUAAUUUUCCAGGUGAUCCCGAUGCCUUCAAAAGAAGAGGUCACGCUUUAUACUGCCAUUCCCAAUGUUGUUUUUCCUUCAGACCAUUUAGCAUUGGUAGCAGAUCUGAAGUGGUUGUGAUGACUGUUAUUUCUAUGUCAACUCAGCAUAUGUCCAGAAAUUGGACCUGAAAUUUCAUAGGGCAUUAGCUCUAAACUCUGCCAAUUCGAAUGUUACGAUUGUUAGCAUCUUUUUUCAUCAUCAGCUCUUGAUAAUGAUAGACUAUUGGAGAGCCCAAGAUGUUUAAGCGUUUCAUGGAGUAUUAUCUAAAGAGCUUUGAGAAACUGAAUCUCUCGGUCAAAUAGACAACUUUGAUCCCAAUUAACCUAAGUGCUUUUGACUUUGCCUAGUUUUCUCGACAUCAUAUUUUUUAUGCCAAAAACUAAGCAUCGUAGUGCCUUGAAGCUUACGUGAAUUUUCCUCAAAUUAUCCAGAACGUAGUCACACAAUUUCAAGAUAGUAUGUAGCAUAGUUUUCUGUUAAGAAAAUAAUACAUGAUUGGAAAUUAGGCAAGGUCUAAUGCGGGGAAGCUAAUUCUGGUUAAAGCUGUUGGAAACAUGGUCUCUGUAUCAGAGUGGAUACUCUGAAACCCUUCUCCCUACGGGUGACACAAAAAGCCAAUCACACACAGGUGUUGCAUCCUCUCUCGUUCUCUCCUCCUAUUAUUGGGGUGUAGGCAUUUUCACCUCAAAACUGCAGGAUUGAAACGUCAAGACCUCGUAACAUUGUUUAAGAGUGUAUCUAGUAUGAUAAUUUUUUAUUCUCAUUGCAAUUCAUUAAAUUUUUAAAAAUCUGCUUCAAAAAGUGUGUACCCUUCCAUUGGAAUGCAUGGUAUUUCAAACUGCGUGCUGCACGCUUCACCUCCAAAUCUAGUAUUGGAGUAUAGGCUUCUGCACUCAUGUGCAAAUUACCUUAAUACGUCAUUCAGCGUUUUUUCAGGAAUGAUCUUUUAAUUAUUUUUUUUCCUGAAAGGUUCAUAUCAGGAACAUUCUCAAACAUUUUGGAAUGAAGCCCAUGAUUGCAGAAUAGUAUAUGGAUCUCUUAAAAAAUAAUUUUUAUACAUAAUUCAAUUUUUCAAUCCUCUCAUAUUUUGUCAAGAUGCUUAGGAAUAUUUUUAUUAUUAAAUGUUUGUUAAACUGGACUUUGAUUCAGACGGUUAACAGCUUUUUCAGCCAAUGAAAACUACUGUCUUUGAUUACAUCUUGACUUUCCAAAUGCAUCAGAUGAAUUUGAUCAUGAUAUACUUAAAAAGAAACUCAGCUUAUCAAUCUUUUUUAUUUAAGUCGUUUUCAUCAACAUUAUUACAUAUCAUUAAUUAAAGUCAAAGUCACUUUUAGAAUUUAAUGUCUUUGACAAAACAUUUUCAAGUGUCUAACUUACCCUGUAGUUUUCAAUUAUAUUUCCUCAAUAUUUUUUACGGAGAAAAUUGUUGUCUGUAGAGAAUACUUUUUCUAUGAGCUUCUAGAAGAUAAUACUCCUAUUAACACUCGAACCAAAAGGUACUGUGCAUCUAUAGUUUAUGUUGCAUUUAAUUUUCAUGAAUGAGAGUAAAGCAUUUAGUUUUGUUCAAUUAAUUGUUUCUAUUCUGGUCCAUAUUAUUGAUUUAUUUUUGCAUUUUUUAACAUCAAAUUAAAUGAAAAAACCAAGAAAAAUAGUUUUAACUAAUCAAACAAUCUCAGUUCUUCAAACAUGACAAGAAUCGCUGAAACCAUUUUCUCACAAAGAUUUUACCAUCCUUUAAAUAUAUGAAGGAAUGGACUUUUCAUUUCACACUUGUGUGUCAAUUUCGUCAUGUCUCUAUCAAAAGUCUUCCUCCCAAAUUUUUUGUUUUUUGUAAGCUUGUCCAGAAGAGCAAUCUAAUUAUUAUUUACCGUAAUCUGUUGAAUUGGGGGAAAAUAUUCAAAAUUUAUGCUGAAACUUUCUAAUAAAUUGUUUUGAAAGAAAAAAACUAUUUUGUGAAUACAUUAUUUUUUAAAAGUAAUUAUUCAAAAAACUAUUUUGAAAAUUUCUUCAAUUUUUUUCCUCGUUGAUUUGGAAGAUCGCGCAUAUCCAUAAUAUGAUUUUGCCUGAACGUAAGUUAAUUUUCUCUGUUAAUUUUUUUCCCUCUUUCUCUCUCUCUCUCUCUCUCCCCCUCUCUCUCUCUCUCUCUCUCUCCAGGUGAUUUUUCCCAAGCGUACAGCAAGUCCACUUUGAAAACCUAAGUAAUAUUUUUUAUUCAGUCAUCAACGAUUUUAACUUCUUUAUAACCAUACUUUAAUCGAACACAACAAAAAAUGUUAUUUUACAUCAGUAUGUUUUUUUGUUUGUCUUUUAUUACUGCUUAAAUAAUAUCCUUUCAUAUCUGAGCCUAUAUCUUUACAUACUUUAUUUCUACAAAUCUCUCCUUGCACUACAUCUGUACCUUUUCAACCCAAGAUACCAACUAUAAUUCUGAUACAAUAUAUUUUUUUCCUUGUGUGAAAAUAAAAAAAAAAACUAGUCUGGCACUUGUAUUCCGACCGGAAAAAAAGUAAUCAUGAUGAAAACUCAUAAUGCUCCUCAAUUAGAUGGACUAUCUAAACGAUUUUUCCUUGGAACAAGAUGUCUUGUCUGCAAGUAUUCUCAUUUUAUCUACUAGCUUUAAUCUUAUAGGCACAUGGUCGCACUUCCUCUUUGAACUGAUUUUAAUUUUUUUCUUUCAGGAUAUGAGAGUAAGAAUAAACUCCUCGGAUGGCUAGCUCCGAUCAGAUCAAAGGACUUGUGGAAGUAAGAACAACCAAUGCAAAUGGAGGUGCAUCGACACGGUCAAAUACAGAUCGUACAAAAAGCUCCAGGCUCACUCCCUGGACAGUUGGUUCCAAGGAAGAGAGGCCGUCCUAGGAAAGUGGAUUUUAUGUGGCCCUCUUCCAGCUUGUAAUGUUCUUCACCAGAAUCCCCAACUCUAUCCCUAUUCUGAGGCCAAAAGGGAAACUUUUGGAGCAGCUUAUCUGCAACGCCUCCAGCCUCCUCACCAAAAUGUCAAGCAAAAAAAUUUUUAUCCGACUCAGUGAAGGUGCAGAUACAUUCAGGGUAAACUUUGAGUUAGUAUUUGAAUCACCGAAUAUUCAAUGUAGUUUCAAUCUCAAUCGAAGAUGCACUGAAACCAUCGGAGACUUAACGCACCGUAUCUCACGCAAUGUUGAAAAAAGCAUUACCUACAAGGUGGCAAGGAAAGUAAAAAAAUGGGCCGGUGUAGAGAUUCCAGACAUCAAUGUCAAGGUGUUGAAUGGAGGCACUGAAGUCCCACCAGAGCUGACUUGUAACAAUGUGUUUUUUUCAAAAGGAGAGCCCAAAUUUAAGCGCCAGGAUAUUAGGCACUGAUUACAAAAUUAUUAUCAACCCGCCAUGGAUAAAUGGUCUAGCAAUUCCUACUACAUUUCUUGUUGGAUUCCCAGUGUAUCCAAAGAAAUUUGAUGCAAGCUUUACGAGCAAAGAAGAGUGCGAUUUUGUGUGGUCUAUCUCCACUGAAGACACGAAAAAACAUCCCUCUCAGUGCUCAUUUCAGCAAACUGGAAAGGGAUUCGUAUAUUUACCAGCGCCAUCAGACAUCGGACACUAUGUGAAAUUGGAUUGUACACCCAAGGCGGGUGACCGAGUUGGUCCCUCCGUUUCGCUUGUCUCACAAAAGCGUGUAGAAGCUGGACCAGGGACAUGUCCUUUUGAACUGAGGCACAAAUUUACAUCCGAAAUUUUACCAUGUAGCAGUUUUCGAGUAGUAUCUUACAACAUCCUUGCAGAUUUGUAUGCAAAAUCAGAUGUGGCUCAGAACUCUCUAUUCCCUUAUUGUCCAAAAUAUGCUCUGGAGAUAGAUUACCGCAAGUUACUGAUUGUCAAAGAACUAGUCGGUUACAACGCGGACUUAUUAUGUUUACAAGAGGUCGAUUUGAAAGUAUAUCAAAGCGACCUUGAACCAGUAUUCAAAUCAUUGAAAUUCGAAGGGGUCAUUACAAAAAAAGGUGCGCAGGUUUCAGAGGGUGUUGCAUGUUUUUACCGCUCAUCUCGAUUCAGAAGAAGGAGAACAUAUUGAAGGGCUUUCUUUAGAGCAACCGUUCCCUUUUGCCAGUGCUUGUGGAACGCCAGAAUUCACCAACUUCACUGUCGGCUUUGUGGGAUGCCUUGAUUACAUUUUCUACCAAACGGAUCUUCUUGCUGUCGAACAGGUGAUCCCGAUGCCUUCAAAAGAAGAAGUCACGCUUUAUACUGCCAUUCCCAGUGUUGUUUUUCCUUCAGACCAUUUAGCAUUGGUAGCAGAUCUGAAGUGGUUUUAUCUCAUUUCCCAGGUGAUCCCGAUGCCCUCAAAAGAAGAGUUCACGCUUUAUACUGCCAUUCCCAAUGUUGUUUUUGAGGCAAAAGCAUUUCAAAAGCAAAGCAUUGACGUAAUGAUUUUUAAAUCUGUCAACUCAGACCAAAACAUUAGUUGUUUCACUGUAUACCCAUUGUUCAAUUUUGUUGUUGCUUCAUCUAAGCUUUAUAAUUUGUGUUCUUUGCUGGGUCAAAUACAGAUCGUACAAAAAGCUCCAGGCUCACUCCCUGGACAGUUGGUUCCAAGGAAGAGAGAACAUAUUGAAGGGCUUUCUUUAGAUUAACCGUUCCCUUUUGGCGGUGCUUGUGGAACUCCAGAAUUCACUAACUUCACUGUCGGAUUCGUGGGAUGCCUUGAUUACAUCUUCUACCAAACGGAUCAUCUUGCUGUUGAACAAGUGAUCCCGAUGCCUUCAAAAGAAGAGGUCACGCUUUAUACUGCCAUUCCCAAUGUUGUUUUUCCUUCAGACCAUUUAGCAUUGGUAGCAGAUCUGAAGUGGUUGUGAUGACUGUUAUUUUUAUGUCAACUCUGCAUAUCGACGGUGAAAGUCGGCAAUCACAUAACUCGUUUGCGGUGUCUGAAAAUCUCUGCCU